AGAGAGAGAGAGCUCUCACUCCUACUGGCAUUUCGCCGCGGCUGUCAUAGUGAAUGCAUGUGUACGGCGUCGCCGGCUGGCCGGCUUUAAGCUUUCGGCAAUGUUCUUAUCAGAAUGAUAUCGCAGCGGGACAACGGGGAUUUCGCUCGUUUUUAUACCGUCACGGAGCCCACGAAACACUCGAAAGGCUACACAGUUUACAAAGUGACCGCGCGGCCCCCACAAGAACAAUUGGAUUACAAUCUUGACUCCUCUUCUGGUUUUGCACAGAUCAUUUCUAGGAAUAACACCGAAGACGUCCAAGAGAUAACGGUGUGGAAAAGGUACAGCGACUUUCGGAAACUUCACCACAACCUCUGGCAGCUGCACAAGACUGUUUGCAGCCAAUCGGAACUGUUUCCUCCCUUUGCCAAGGCCAAGGUCUUUGGUCGCUUUGAUGACUCCGUGAUUGAGGAGAGGAGACAGUGCUUGGAGGAUCUGCUGCAGUUCUCUGCCAACAUUCCCGCUCUGUACAGCAGCCAGCACAUCCGCGAGUUCUUUAAGGGCGGCGAGGUCCACGACGGCUCGGAGCUCAUCGGACCGUCCGAGUCUUUCUCCCAAUCUCUGGCUGGCGGUUCGUCGGACUGCAGCUCGGAUGUUCAACGCGACCGCAGCUGUGCAAAAGAUUUCACAAUCACGUCAGAGUAUGGCGGUAUGUUCCUUCUAUCCACACAUUUUCCAGGCCCGUCCGGUGACAGCAGCGACUUGAACUCCCUGGCCGUGGGCACGGAGUCUCUGGCCGAGCUCGACGAUGGCGUGGCCUUGGGACGCACUUCCCCGAAGCAGCCGCACGGGGGCGCCGCCAGCAGUAGCCGCAGCAGCAGCAGCAGUCCUCACUUGCCCUCCCUGCACCGUCUCCGCCGCCCCCCGUCGCCCGCUUCCCUGGCCUCGAAGCCGGAGGUCCCUCGGGCUGGCCGCGCGUCGCUCUUCUCCAAGAAGGUGAAGCUGAAGGCCGACUACCUGGACAAAGCCAGCCAGCUUAUCUGCGUGGCUGCGCAGAAGGAGAAGGAUCAGGACUACCGGGCGGCGUUCUCCUUCUACCGCAGUGGAGUGGACCUGCUGCUGCAAGGUGUUCAAGGUGAGCCCAGCCCCACGCGGCGAGAGGCAGUCAAGAAAAAAACGGCCGAGUACCUGAUGCGAGCAGAGCAAAUAUCCAGUCGGCAUCUUUGCGCCGACAUGGGCCAGGCGCCUUCGCAGACGCUGGUGGUGGGGGCGCAUUGCUGCGCGUCCACCAGCAGAGGGAGCCAGCACAGUCUUUCCGAUGAUCUCGCCGCUUACCGGGUGGUGGGCGUCAUCGAUAAGGUUCUUUUGGUCAUGGACAAGAGAACAGGAGAGAUGUUCGUCAUGAAAGGUUUGAGGAAGAGCAGCGACUGCGGCCGGGCCAAGAAGAGCAUCACGCCUCGCUCGGUCCCGCACAUGGUGCAGCUCAAGAAACUCAUCGACUCGGAGGACACGGUCUUCUUGCUGCUGGGCCACGCCGAGGGCGGAAAGCUGUGGUCCCACAUCGGCAAGUACCUGCACACUUGCAACCCGGACGACAGCUUCGACAUUCCUUUUAUCCAGAAGAGCCAUACGGCCGCCGUACACUCGCCGCAGUCGGCUGCGCCGCGCCCGGCUGAGGAUUCUUCUUUGCCGCUCGCCGCGUGCGCUUCCCGUUCUGCGGCGCAGGCAAACAAGCCAGUCGGUGAGCCGGCUGCCUCUCCUCGUAAAAGCGGCCUCUUUGCCAGGCUUCGCCAAAAAGUGGCGGCCCACCCAGACUCUGGCGCAACGUCCGAGGAGGAGUGCACCAAUAGCUACCUAACGCUUUGCAACGAGUACGAGCAGGAGAAAGUGGAGCCGGACGCUUUGGAGGUGGACGACGCCACGAGCGAGCGGGAAGUGUCCUUUGACGUGGCCAGCGGGACGGCCAGCGCCUCCUCGCGCAGCCGCUCGCUGCUCGGCAACGACAGCCCGCCGUCGUCCUUCGGCUGUCCGGAGCCGGGCGACCCCGUAGGCCCACCGCCUUCCUCGGACGGGUUGCCGUCUCUGGAAGGGUCCAAACGCACGCCCAUGGAGUUUUUCCGCAUCGACAGCAAAGACAGCGCGAGCGAGGUGACCUGCCAAGACUACGGGGAGCGGGCCCAGCUGCAGGCCCAGCCGCAGGCCCAGCAACAGGUCCAGCUGCCCCCCUCGUCCCAUGAAGAGCCCCCCGUGGUGGAGAACCUUCAAGAGCUGGCUCUGGAGGUCAAGCGCCACAGUGCUCAGCUACGGGGCUUAGAUUGUGGCGAUAAAGACUCCAACGAGUCAGUGCCGGUUAUUUCUUUUGAAGAGGCGGCCGCAGAGGAUGAGGCUCAUCGGCCGGACCUCUUGGUCAAUCUCCCCGUCGUGAGCGAGCCCGCCGACUCUCAACGAGAGCCGUCGGAGACUUCGGCGCCGCGUCCGGGCCCGGAGGCGGCCGCCUCCCCUCAAAGGUCAAGCAAGCCGGAUGUUUUACAACUCCCCGAGGAAGAGGAAGGGCAGCAGGCAAAACCUGACCCCGGUGUGGCGUCUUCAUCCCUCUUGACCUCCCUCUGGGAUGACUACAGCUUGACUUUUGGACAAAAGCAGCCAGAAAGAAUGCCGGCUGAGGCCUCAAAUAACCACUCUUUGCUCGACGCGGUCCUCGGUGACAAAGAGAGACAGGGCGGUGCCGUCGCGGACGUCCAACCUCCUCGGGCCCGUGAGAAAUCACCACAUGGCCGCACGCAGCCCGCCGAAGUCGAGUUCCACCAAGAAGUAUCGCGGCUGUUUGCCGAGCUGGACGAGUUGUCGCUGGCCGCGUCGCAGGCUCGAAUUCCGGAGGCCUACGUCUGUCGCUGGGCAGCGGAGCUGCUGACGGCGCUGGAUUGUCUGCACCGCGAGGGCAUCAUCUGCCGGGACCUCAAUCCCGACAACAUCCUCCUCGAUCGCCAAGGUCAUGUUCAGCUGACUUACUUCUGCAGCUGGGCGGAUGUGGAGGAGUCGUGCGACAAAGAGGCCAGCGCAAACAUGUAUUGCGCGCCAGAGGUGGGCGGCACCGGCGAGGAGACGGCCGCGUGCGAUUGGUGGAGUUUGGGCGCCAUCCUCUUUGAGCUGCUGACAAGCACGGAUAAGAUCUUGCCUAAGGCGCUCUUGACUGCAGCCAGGAACCCAGCCAGAAGUCCUGCAGCAGUCGCUGCUGCAGUGCCAUCCGGCGGGAAUCGGACGCCACACGGCACUCGACAUCCCAGAGUCUGUGUCGGAGGAAGCCAGAUCGCUGCUGGAACAGUUGCUGCAGUACAACCCCAGCGAGCGGCUGGGCGCCGGAGUGGCCGGCGCGGACGACAUCAAAGCGCACCCCUUCUUUGCCAAAGUGGACUGGAGCAAGUAGAUGCCGCUAGCCCCAUUUGCGUGGUGUCAUUCUUACACUGCAGGUAGAUACAAAAGAAAGGAGAAAAAUGCCUUCCUUCUCCUGUCCACUUCCCAAAGCCAGAGGCGCUCGCUAACAGCCCAAACUGGACGGGACCGCGCCCUUCUCUUUUUCAUAUCGGUCGGGGCCCUGUACUCUGCAAGUUAAGGAGCAAAAGCGGGCCCAGUUAAAAGAAUGGGGCCGCCAUUCUGCCUCACAAUCAGGAAAGUUGACACUUUUGGCCAAAGCAACUCCUUUGACGUCACAAAGCGCAAGAUAACCAACCCAUUUUUUGGACAUAGUCAAGUUUGACAUUGAAACGACUUUGGGCUGAUGUCAUUGGUGCACGUUGAAAGGCAGCGCUGCUGUCGCAGGCAGCGACAAUGUUGUCUUUCUUUCUUUUUCUUUCUUCCUUCCUGUCUGUACCCUAGCCCAGCGCACACUCCACAGCCACGCAAACAACAAUAAACGCACCUGACAGACAGACAGACAGACAGACAGACAUGCUGUGAUGUUGCUUCCUCUCACACACACACACGGUCGACUGUGUCUCGACUCCCUCGCCGCUGCAAAAUGUGGCGCCGAUAAUAACCGAGCGAGCGAGCGAGCCAUCCCAGCCAGCCCCCUUAACAGAGCGUCUGAACUGAACAUGAACCCUGCGGCUCGAUGCCUCCGUCAGCCGCCGUGACAUAUUCACGCACAGGUCAGGGAAGUUGCCGCCUCGCCUUCCCCGGCGCCCACCUCAUUGGCGGCGGGGUCAAGAGUCUGCGGCGAUUAGCGCUCAUCACAAGGCCCCGGCUCUCGUUAGCGCGCGCGUCGGGGGCCAGAGGUUCCCCGCCGUGUCGAGCGGAAGCCUGUCAAUCUUUGCGUCUCGAGCGGCCUCCGCCAACUGAGCGAGCGAGCGAGCGCUCCUCCUGUGCUCGCUCGCUGGCGUGCCUUUGAUGCCGGCGCGCUUACAGGUGGCCGGCCACAUUAGCGCUCUCACGAGACGCAUCCAAAGUUGAGCCUUCGCAAAGGUCAUGUGGGCUUUUCGUCUUUCCGAGUGUCGUGAGGGCCGAGUCCGUCGCUCGCUCAUCGAAACAGCAGCACCCACACGCUUGUUAAUGUGUUCAUUUUGAGUCUCAUUUUCUACUUGACAAUACUAAUGAACAAAACGAGUAAAUAUGAAUCACAAUAAGUUCAUGUUUUUCAAAUGUAAUGUAGAUUAAAAAAAACCAA